AUGGCCACCAAUUCACCCAUCCCCCCAACCCGCCUCCAAGAACUCUGCAACUCCGCCUGCGACUCCGCGCUCUCCACCACCUCCUACUACAACCACGCCCUCACGCAAGAAUGGAACAACACCAUCAUAAACAGCAUCCUCAAAUCCAUCAUCUCCGAGUCCAGCGCCGCAGACACAAAGUACAAAUUCGCCGUCAACAGCACUAUAAUACAACACCUCUCGGACCCGCGGUCUUCUGGAGCUGAAGCGGGCACGCAGACGGAUGCGGAUGAAGAGGCGGGUGUGACUGGCGGCCAGAGCCAGGAGAGGAAGGUCGGGAGGAGAGGGAUGCAUAGCGCCAGUGGGGCGUAUUGGAAUAAUGAGCGGGAUGGGAUGUGGAGUCAUAAGUAUGAGGGUGGGGAGGGGAAGGGGAUGGAUAUUGUGGUUAGUAUUAUGUGGAUUGGGGUGUGA